AUGGAUCCAUCACAAGAAGAGAUCAGUGCCCUCGCAGGCCAGCUAAGUCAACUCGCAAACAGUGUAACCUCGUCGCAAGAUCCCAUGUUCAGGAAACAACAAACCGCCGCUUUGGUCAUGCAAGCAAAGCAGUUGAUUUGGCAAGUCCAGGAUCCGUUCGAUGCGAUCAUGGAUCACAUUGUCAACGGAUACACCAUCGCAGCCUGUCUUGCCUGUUCCAAGCUCGGUGUCUUCGAAGCAGUCCCUCCUGCUGGUACAGCAUCGGUGAAAGAGAUUUCCCAAAGAUGUGAUGCUCCCGAGGAGCUCAUAGUUCGUCUCAUGCGUCAGUUGACAUGUGUCCACAUAUUCAAUGAGGUUCGCUUGGGUGAAUGGGCCCAUAAUAGACUUUCCAUCGCGCACAGUGAACAUGUUGGGGCGAUGAGUGGCAAAUGGCUGUAUACUGUGUCCCUCGACGAGAUGGCACCGGCAACGUAUCGAUUGAAUCAUUAUCUUGGCCGCUUUGGCAAUCAUUCCCUGCUGGACACUUACACAGAGACUCCACAUUCCUGGUACUAUGGCAUGAUGGGCAAGAACUUUUGGGAGGUGCUAAACUCAUCUCAUGACCGUAUGGAAAACUUCAUUCGAGGCCUGGCGCUGUUCGACGCUCUUCAUCCCGUUUUGGCCAUGUUUCCCUUCGCGGAAGUCUUGCAACAUGGCAAUUCGCCGGAUCGCCCGCUCAUGGUCGACAUAGGCGGCGGUAGAGGCCUUGCAUUGCUUGAAAUACGGAAAGGAUGCCCAAACCUUCAGGGUGAAUUGAUCCUCCAGGAUCGUCCCUAUGUUCUCGACGACAUCACGCCCGAAGAUCUACCCGGAGUCACCAAGAUGCCACACGACUUCUUCCAAGAACAACCUGUCCAAAAUGCACAGGUGUACUAUAUUCGUCGUGUUCUGCAUGACUGGCAGGAUAAAGACGCUGCGCGGAUCAUGAAAGCCAUUGCCCCCGCCAUGGCAAAAGAUAGCCGCAUUAUCAUUUCGGACAUGGCAAUCCCCGAGCCGGUCACGUUGCGAGAUGCUGGAGCCGUCUGGCUGGAUCUCAUGAUGAUGAGCAUUGGAGGCAAAGAGCGGACGGUGCGUGACUGGGAAAAACUGGCCGAGCUGAGUGGGUUGAGACUGGUGCGCGUGUGGCAGGAGCCCGAGAAAUUCGGCCCUCUCUGCGUCGUGGAAUACAAGCUUUGGAACUGUGACGAAGAGAGCCCGGCUCGCGAUGAGACAUCAGACAACACGACAUAUGAUGAGGCCGAAAUGGCUACCCCACGGAUGCCCGCUUUCGACGCAGCUUCCCCCCUGGAGGCUGACAUAGAGCCUCUGGACUCGAGAGAGGUCGAUUGGGAGGAACGAACCGUGUUCGGCGAUCGAGAGCAUAGCCUGGAGCCUUCAGAGUCUUGA